UUCAUAUCCCAAAGAGAAAAAGACACUAUCCAACAACUGUUCUUUUGCUUUAUUUUUUCUACCGUUGACUGUAUUGAGUACAAUCUCUUCUUCAUCUUCUAAAACUAUCCACUGCUUUUUAACUUUACUUUCAAAUUCUAUUGUUUUAUUUGAAUUUACUUUCACUUUUGACACACAACAAGAUAAAUAGGAAGCCAUAUAGGUUUUCGUUUUACAAAACACUCAGCAAAUCAUUCAGAAAGAAAAAAACACAAAACAUGAGUGAGCUUCUCUACUCUUUACCCACUUGGAAUCUACACAACCUUGGAUCACUCUUCAAGCCUGACUUGAAUCCUGAUGCAUAUGGAUACAUAAAUGGAUCGCCACAACAGAUUUACAGAUCACCGGAGAUGGAUUAUUCCGACGUCUCCACAGGUUACCUUGAGGACGCACUUAUCGAGUCUUGUGAGAGAAGCAAAAGAAGACGUCUUUUGUUCGAUGAUCCAUCAAAAUCUCUCGAGGAUAGCUACUCAUAUUCGCAGAACGAUUGGGGCCUGCAUGAGAGUUAUAGCUGUCUGGAAAGUCAGUUUGUCACUCCACCUGUUAACAUAGAUGAACGUACGAGUGGAAAACGUAGCCGUGAGGAGCCGAUAUCGACCGAGUACGAGUCUCCCCAUUUUUCUGUUUCUCCUGACAAAAUCUAUGUCCGAGAAAAAUCUCCAACCGAGCCAUCUUUGUCUAACUGUGGUAAUACGAACAAAAGACUAUUCGCGAGAGUGGUCUAUCCAUUUGGAUUGGUGAAACCAGGUGGUCGAGAAGAAGAUAUAACUCUAAACGAUGUAAACAAGAGGAUUCUAAUGCCACCGGCUCGACCUGUUCGACAUCCGGUUGGAGAUUUUGCCUCUAGAACGUGCAUCUCGACCCAUGGACCAGGUCUCUCCGGUAAACCCGUGGUGGCUCUUACUAGGAUCCAAACACAGGGGAGGGGCACAAUUACCAUAAUGAGAACUACGGGAUGAAUCAUGUAAUAUUUGUAAUCAGUUGUGGUUGUAAUGUGUAAAAUAUUUGAGGCCAAUGUAGAAUAGAAAGCCAAAGUAAUCGUUGGCUAUGAGAGAAACUUUCAGCUUUUGUAUAGAAAGUUAGGGGAGGUAAAUUUUGAAAAAAUGAUCUACAAUAUCCGGUGCGUUUUCUAAUAUGAAUAAUCACAUUACCUUCUUUUGAA